AUGGAAACUAAGCUUUCAUUCAAAAGUAAAUCAAAGUUUAACUGGGAUGAUGUUGAAAGAGUUCCUCAAUAUGAUGGGUAACCAACUAUCCUAAAUUUGAAAUAUAAGCCAGAGUAUGUUGAGCUUAUGGAUUACUUUAGAGCUAUCAUUAAAAGCGAUGAAAUAAGUAUGAGAAGCUUUGAGUUAAGUGGCUUUGUGUUAUAAUAACUAACUUCUAACUAUAAUGCCUACCACAUAAGAAGAAAAUGCUUAGAGUAAUUAAAGCUAAGCUAUGAAGAUGAACUAAAGUUUAUUACUGAAGUUAUAGAGGGAAAUCCAAAAACAUAUUAAUCAUGGGAACAUCGUAGAUAUGUUAUUGAAGUUCUUAAUAAAUGUGAUGGAGAGAUUGAUUUUCUUGAAGAAAGCGUUUUUUCUGAAGACAAUAAGAAUUAUCAUGGCUGGGGUUAUAGAAUAUGGCUAUGCUAAAAAUUCGAUCUUUUUGAAGAUGAAUGGGAAAGAAUAUAAUAUUAUUUUGAGGAGGAUAUCAGAAACAAUUCAGCAUGGAAUUACCGUCACUUUUUAUUGAGUUAGAGAAUUUUAAAAGAAAAAAGUGAUUUUAAAAAGGAGCUACAAUUUAUAUUUGAAUCAAUUAAUCAAGCACCUGAAAACGAAGCAUCUUGGAACUAUUUAAUGGGAUGGUUUAAGACAUUUGAAUUUAAGUCACUGUAAAAUGAAAAUUAAUAACCUGGUGAAUUAAAUAUCUUUAACUAAAAAUGGAUUUUUAAGUUCAGUGAAUUUCCUGAAGUGCAAGAAUUCUAAACUGAACUUCUAAAAAAAUCUAACUUGAAUAGAUAUUUACUUUAUUUAAGAAUUUAAAUCAUUCUUACAAGUGAAAACCCUUCUCAACAAGAUUUAAAAGAAGCUUUAGAUAUUUGCUAACUCCAAGCUUCAGAAGUAGAUAGAAUAAGAUAUAAUUAUUGGAAUUGGUUUAGGGAAAAUAUUUAAAAAGACUUCAAUAUUUAAGCAUGA